UCGCGCUCGUAUGUAAAGCCUCAGAUAAAUGGCGAACGGAAGGGCAAACUGUAAACAAAUACAACAGAACUGGACAUUUUAGACGAAUUGUGACUUUUAAGGAAAAAAAGCAACUCAAUAUUACGAACGCUGUUUCAAAAUACAAACGGAAUUAUUCGAUAUGCGACAGUCAGCGAGAAUUUAAACCAGCCUCAUUCAGCGUUAGGAAGCUACCUAGGCCUGCUGACAUUUGCGCAGACUUGAAAUUUGGCAGUGUUGUAAUGCGAACGCGGGCUCUGGAUAGAGACCCGCACAGUUAACAUAACUAUCAUUUAAAAUCAUAUACGUCUGACAAAGUUACAACUAGUCAGUAUCAUGAGUACAAACUCGGACAGCAGUCAGCCGUCCGAAACUAAUCAGAGGAAAAGAAGUGCAAGUCCAAGUGGAGAGUCUGAGUCCACGCUGCUCAAGCAGGCGAAAGUAAGUGAUGAGGAACGAAGGAAUGAUUCUAAUGAAGAUGCAGAACCUGAGAAAGUUGGCAACGGUGAGCCAAAACAUGGAUCUGAGCAUCUUGAAGACGCUAAAGAGAAGGAUGUAGUGAUUCGGGAUGAAGCAGACGCGCAGGAGAGCACUGGUGGAGGUGAGAGCGCACGCCAGCCGUCAGAUUCCGCUGCCAUCGCCGCAGCAGAAGCGCUUGCCAGUCUGACCGGUGGAGACGGGGACGAAGACUGUAAAGAAAUGCCCUGUUCGUCCAACAAAGCGAGCCGUGAGAAAUCACGCUAUAAGUCUAGCCGUCCCGGUUGCUCUCAGAGCGAGAGAAGGACGGAGGCAGCCGCGGCUGACAGCUCCUCAUCCCUGCUGCUCUGCGAGGACCGAGAAGAUCCAGAGCAGGCAUCGUUUGUAGAUGAUGAUGAUGAGGAGGAGGAGGAAGACGACUCCCUUGCUGGCUCUUCCUCCACGGCCAGCUCGUCUGUCGCGUCUGAUAAUGAGGACAACGAGGACGGUGAGUGUGCCAUAGUGUCGGUGAAGAUGGCCCCGGAGGUGCGGCAGUCCGUGGCGCUGCUCGCACAGGUGCAGAUGCGGCUAGAUGCGCUGGAGAAGAAAGGCGCGCGUCUGCACCAACGCCUGGAGAUGAAACUGAGCCGCCAGCGACGCCCUCACCUGGACCAGCGCAGCGCCAUCACUCAAGCCAUCCCAGGCUUCUGGGUCACUGCUCUUCUGAAUCACCCACAUUUAUCAGCACAAAUUGACGAAUCUGAUGAAGAUGCACUAAGCUACAUGACUAAUUUAGAGAUCGAGUCUUUCAAGAACAACAAACUUGGUUACCGCAUCUGCUUCCAUUUCCGGCGAAAUCCCUUUUUUCAAAACAAAAUGAUUGUGAAAGAACUUCAUCUUGGUAUGGGAGGGUCUCCGGUGUCGUUCUCAAACCCAAUUUUGUGGCACAGAGGGCAGAAUCUGGUCGGUAGUGGAGAACCACGUCGAACAUCACAGGGGGUCUACCAGAGCUUCUUCCACUGGUUCAGUGACCACAGCAACCCAGGAAGGGAUGAAAUUGCACAGAUCUUGAAGGAUGACCUGUACAGAAACCCUUUGAGGUACUACCUGACUCCACUCUGGGAGCCACGAGAGAACGGCAGCAGCGCUCCCAAACCUCAGGGCAGCAAUAAUGGAGACGAUUGUGUGAUCAUCUCAGAUUCAGAUGAAGAUGAGGAGCAGAAAAGCCAAAACUUGGAGCAGGAGGAUGAAGAUGAUGACCAAGUUGGAGGCUCUGAAGACAAUGACAGAGAUGAGGGGGAAUCCUCCUAUGAGGAGAGAGAGGAAGAGGAAGUGGAUGUUGAGGAAGUAGAAGAUUCACGUGACUCCGGUGGCUGUGAGGUCAGAGAGCAAGGACAAGAAGAGGAAGAUAUUGAUGUAGAUGAAGAGAAGAGUUAGGGCAUGGGGAUCGUCUCCAUUUCUUUUUAUGCAGAAUAGCAUUGCUAGGUUUUUCUAUGAUCUAUUUUACUGAUAUUGUUUUCUGCAUAAAUUAAGAGUCUGUUUCAAAUAACAAGUGGUUAAUGAUGCUUAAUGAUCAGGGUUUAACUAUGUCUUCAUUGUAGAUGGUACUUUCUAUACAUCAAAGUUUAUGAAUAUUCAACUUCAAUGUGUGCACUCCUCCGAAAACUUCUAGUUUCCUUAAGAUGUCAUCACAUUUUUACACUUAUAACUUUUGCAUUAACAGAUUUCAGAGGGCUACUGAUACCUGUAAGAGACCUCUUUUAUCUCACAACGGACUGUUCAAAGCUUGGGAUUAUUAUAGACUGCACUUAGUUUAGUUUUUGGCCAGUUUAGAUAUUUUCUCUUUUUUUCUUUUCUUUUUUUGAGAGUAUACAGUAGCAUUGUCUGUCUCACAAUCAUGACCAUUUAUAAACACACCAUACUUUUCUGUUUGUAUGUUUUACAGGCCUAAUCGUGUUUUUCAGUCAUUGCUGUAAUAUUUUUGGUUAAUUGUUGUUUGUUACUUUUUUUUUUUUUUUUUUUUUUUUUUUUUUAAUCCUAACAUCAUGAAGUAACCUCUACCACCACAUUUUGGUUAUAAGGAAAAAGGUCAAACAUUCUGAAAUGCACUUCAUUCUGAACCAAAACUAGAUAACUCAGGGAUGUUUACUCUUUUAUCCUCCUUAUACUGUAGAUGUGUUUCCCUUCAUAAGCUUCAUUUAUUCAGUUUUGUGUCAUUGAUGCAUAACAUCUUUUGUUUGAUGAACAUUUAAAUAAUUGUAGUUUAUUUUACCUUGUUUACACAAGCAGAUAAAAUCCUGACACUUGGUACCUCUUGCUAUGCUGAUCCUGAAAACUACUUUUGUCAUGUCUAUGGAUUGAGUUUAAAAUCUACACACUGUCAACACAUGCACGUUUCCAUUUAUUCACUGCAAUGAAUAACAAUUGUAAUGUUAUUUAAAUGAGCAAAAUAGUGGCAAGCCCAUCUUGUGGUGUUUCUUUUUUUUUUCCUUUUGACAGCAUGAUGUGUGCACUCAAUACUCAGACUUUUGUGUCCAGUUAAAUGCUUAGAUUAUAUUGUAAAAAUAGUGAACAUGUACACAUUUGUUAAUGACAUCUUUCAUAUUCAUAUCACUCAUUUAUUUCCUAAUAGUGUUUCUUUUGCUUCUUUGCAAUAAUAUAUUUACUUUAACGUUGGUCAGUUAUUAGAGUGAAACCAUUCUAAAUGUUAAUGUUUUGACCUGUAAAAGUUUGAUUUAAAAACAAAAAAAAACAACAAAACAAAGCUGUUAACUCAUUGUAAGUAUACUGGAUUGUACUUGUUUUACCUGCAAGGCCAGUGGUUUGUACAUAAUCCUUUCCCUUAAAAAGGGUUUAUAAUUUGCUAUUGAAUUAUUAGGGUAGAUUUGACCUACAGUAUAAAAGAAAAGCUAUAUUUUGGUGUGCUAAAUUUUAUAGAGAACUACAAUUUUUAAAUGUCUUUGUUUUUGUUUUCCAUGUCAAAUAAAGUUGUCUUUUCAUUCAGAA